CGACGUCUUGAACGCUGGGCGGAGCACUUCAAAGCACAGCUUAGCUGGACACCAGCGUCAGCUCUUCACACAGCUACUCCGGCGUACGUCCCAUGGUUUGUCACAACAGACCCACCUUCUGAGGUGGAAAUCCGUAAGGAGAUCCAAGCCUUGGGACGUUACGAAGCGCCGGGCUCCGAUGGCCUUCCUCCUGCUCUAUUUAAAGAUAGUGGAAUGAAGGUUGUAAGAGAACUACAAUAUAUGUUCUCCAAAGUGUGGAACACUGAGCAAUUCCCCUCCUCGUGA